UUUUUUUUUUUCCUUAGGGCAGAAGCCAACAAAAGGUUCUUCACGCAAACCAAUUUCUGGCAUUACUUGACUCCAUGUUCCUUAUUUUCAUCUGGUUUUUCUGACGUUGUUGUGUAGCGUUGUCGAGAAAUCUUGAAGGACAAUGCUGUUUUCGAGAAGUGAGAACACCAUGCAGCGGAAGAUUGCAAAUGCUUGAGAUGUCAAUGUAAUCUGAUAAUCAAAGCAUUUACAUUUUAGGUUGUGUUGGGAGAGACGAUGGCAUCUUCAUGGGAAUAUUUUGGGGAGCUUGCAAAUGUGGCUCAGUUAACGGGCAUAGAUGCUUUGAAGUUAAUUGGGAUGAUUGUGAAAGCUGCAAGUACAGCACGGAUGCACAAGAAGAACUGCAGGCAAUUUGCUCAGCAUCUGAAGUUGAUCGGAAACUUGCUGGAUCAGCUGAAGAUAUCUGAGCUAAAGAAGUACCCAGAAACCCGAGAGCCUCUGGAGCAGCUAGAAGAUGCUCUUAGAAGGUCUUACAUCUUGGUUCAUAGUUGUCAAGAUCGUAGCUAUCUUUAUCUGCUGGCUAUGGGAUGGAACAUUGUGUAUCAAUUCAGGAAGGCUCAAACUGAAAUUGACAGAUACUUGCACCUUGUUCCUCUCAUUUCGCUAGUGGACAAUAAUCGAGUCAGGGAGAGACUUGAAGUUAUUGAAAAGGAUCAAUGUGAGUAUACAUUAGAUGAUGAGGAGCAAAAGAUACAGACUGUCAUUUUGAAACCUGAACCUGACAAAGGUGAUGCUGUGGUGCUCAAGAAAACUCUUUCCUAUUCUUAUCCAAACUUUUCUUUCAACGAAGCUCUUAAGAAAGAAAACGAAAAGCUUCAAGUUGAGCUGCAACAGUCACAAGCAAAUAUGGAUAUAUAUCAGUAUGAAUUCAUUCAACAUUUAUUAGACGUGACAGAAGUUGCAGCUCAUUAUCAUUCAGAAAAAAAUAACAAGACAGUAGAGUACAGUGGAAACAGUUAUUCUGAUGCCAAUGGUUCUGAUGAAAACAUCCAAAAAAACAAUGAUACUCUUUCCUCAUCAAGAUCAUCAGUUUCAGAAAAGGAUCUGCUAUCAAGAAGAGGUUCACAUAAUAGGGAAGACUGGCAUACUGAUCUACUUGCUUGCUGUUCUGAACCUUGUCUUUGUAUAAAGACAUGCUUCUGUCCUUGUGGAACAUUGUCAGAUAUUGCUAGUGUUGCAACUGACAGGCCAGUAUCCUCUGCAGAAGUAUGUAACGAAUUGAUGGCAUAUUCUUUGAUUUUAUCUUGCUGCUGCUAUACUUGCUGCAUAAGGAGUAAGCUUCGGAAGAUGUUGAACAUUAGAGGAGGCUAUGUUGAUGAUUUUCUUUCUCAUUUAAUGUGUUGCUGCUGUGCACUUGUGCAAGAAUGGAGAGAGGUUGAGAUCCGCGGGGCUUCUGAUCCUGAGAAGACUACCACAAGGCCUCCACCCUCACAAUAUAUGGAAUCGUAAGCAACAUGAGAUUAACAUAGAAAUUUUGUUGUUGUUUAGGGUUGAACACUACAUACACUUUAGAAGCAAUUUGGUAAUUAGGAUUGUCUCAAGAAGUCAUAUGCAAAGAAGUUUCUGUUUUAUGUACUCAGAAAAAAAAAAAAAAAUAACGUCCUUAAGUUUAGAUGAUGGUAAAUGAUAAUAUUAUGUU